UUCAAGCUAGUGGGAUUUAAGGCUUGAAAUUAUUCCCUACAGCUAAUUGACGAUUUUUUUCUGUAUUUUUUUUCAGUUGUUUUACUUUGAUCGCAAUCAAAAGAAAAGCAUCAUGCCACCAAGAACUCCUAUCAUAUCUGUAUGGACAAAGGAUAUGGAGGUCGAAAGGAUGAAGUUGGAGAGCCAUUGAGUUGGAUUGGGUAAUAUUUUGCCUAGAGCUGAAAUCAAAAGGAAAACAACACAAGAAGAAUCUACUAAUAUAACAACGGCCAAGAAGGAAUUUAUGGAAGAGUUUAUUAAUGUGGUCAGAACUAUGGGUGGGAAUUGUGAAAAACUGUGUGAAAUGAUAAAUCAUGCUGAAGAGCUUUUCCCAAAUAAUCUUCUUUACAAAACAGUGGGAGAUUACAUGCAAAAGAAAUUUAAGGAUCCUUCAAAUCCUUCAGUUUUGAGUCAAGAUGAAGAAUUAUUUGGUACAGAUUCUUUCUUGAAUGCUUUAGAUAAGGUUGAAAAGGAGUAUUUGGAGAAGGUACAAGCUGAAAAGAAAGCAAGAGAAAAAGAAGAGGCAAAGGGGAAGAAGAAAGUAAGAGAGUCAUUGGAUCCACAAACUGCUUGGAAUUUAGGGAUCGACAAAGAACAAACUCCUAGUCCAAUGGUUCAUCCAACGGAGACUCAGAUUGGACAAAACAUUGAUUUGAACCUCGGGCUAGGUAUGGGAGGGUCAAUUAGUGCAGGUGUGGAGCAGGAGCAACCGGUGAUUGAAGCAUCGAAAUUUGAUCAUAUGUUCAAAACUCAAGACCCUACAUUUGAGGACAUUUUGAACAAACCAUUGAAUUCAGAAUUUCAAUAUGCAGGGUAAUGUGACUCCUAAAUAUGAUAUAUAUUUUGUAAUAACUAGCUAAGAUAGUCUAUGUAAUGUAAAGAGAAAACUAAUGUUAAUUUUUUGGAUGAACAAACUAGAAAAAGUAAUGUAAAU